AUGGACAAGAUUGUCAGGCGUGUGGCGCUCGCCCAGCGCUCUGCCACCCGCAGAACUCAACGAGCCACGAGGCGACAGAAGAUCCAGUCAUACUACCGCGCCGACGGCACGAUAAAGGUGGCCAACCGAGAAAUCAUCGACAACAUCAAGGAUGCCAAAAAGGCCGCCAAGGAAGACUGGGAGCUCGGCCCCCUGGCUCCCCAGCGCGACCUGGGCUUCAACAACUACGGCGUCGUGACGCAGCCCAUCCGCCAGGACUGGAGCAACUACGGCCAGAUCAAGUACCAGACCAAGCUCGCUGAACAGCGCUGCGCUUGGGCUGGCGGUGCCAAGAUGCUCAACCUGGCCCCGGGCGACAGAGUCGUCAUAUUCGAGGGCCACGACAAGGGCAAGAUUGACACCAUCAAGACGAUCCAACCCGAGACCGGCUCACUCACGCUAGAAAAGUACAACAGAGCCAUGGUUAAGAGCAUGCUCGAUCAACCUCCCCGCUCGCAGCCCAUACCCCUUUCCGUCGACGCUGUCCGACUCGUAUACCCCCUACCCGACCCCGUCACGGGUGUGACCAAGGACACCGUCAUCCGGCAGCUCAAAUCGGUGCCGCCGCGGAUGGAGUCGCCCAACAUGACCAUCGAACGCUGGCGGUACGGCAACAAGUGGGACCGCGUGGUGCCGAGCCUUAACCGCAUCAUCCCCUGGCCCGAGACGUCGGCGCCCGAGUUCGAGAUGACGGCCAACGACACGGCGCGCGAGCAGGUCGAGGAGCGCACGUUUUACUACAGCCUCACGGCGCCGCCCAUGCCCGAAGGCGUCAUCGACGAGCUUCGCAACAAGUACUCCAAGUUCCGCACCCGGCACGAGGGCUGGUACGUGGCCGCGAAGGAGGCUGAGGCCCGGGCCGAGGAGCGCAGGGGCGAGGCGGCGCGCUCCAUGCAGACGCCGCUGGAGGAGUUCAACGAGAUGCAGCGCGCGAUCCGCGACGCAGGCGGCGAGCCGGAGCUGUCGGAGGACAUGCUGGCCAAGAUUGGCGAGGUCAUGGCCAAGAGCAAGGCCGAGGCCCUGAAGCGAGCUGGUGUAUCGGAGGUUGAGUCGAAACAGUAA